AUGGGUUCAGAAUCGCAGCAUGAAUGCCUUGUAUCACGUGAAUUUUCCAGAAGGCCAGACCACAAGGAAGGACUGAAUGGAGAUGAACAGCUAGUUGCAGAAAUCAUGGGAAGAUGCUUCUCUCCAUCCGUUAUAACCACCCAGCCCUGGGAAGGAUUUAAUUUUGUUGGCCACAAGAUAAAGAUUACGGAAGCCACUGACAGUUAUGGAGCUGUGGUCUGGCCUUCGGCUCUUGUUCUGUGCCACUUUUUGGAAACCAAUGUGAAAUCAUAUGCCAUGGCUGACAAAAGUGUCAUUGAAAUUGGAGCCGGAACAGGGCUGCUCUCUAUCGUAGCCAGCAUCCUUGGUGCACGUGUGAUUUCCACCGACUUGCCUGAAUUGCUUGGAAACCUUCAGUACAACAUUCGCAGAAACACCAAGAUGAAGUGUUUGCAUGAACCCCAGGUGAAAGAACUGCUCUGGGGCAUCGACUUGGAGAAGAAUUUCCCCAGGUCUCUGUGCCAGUUUGAUUACAUCUUGGCUGCUGAUGUGGUCUAUGACCAUCCUUACCUGGAGGAGCUACUUCUGACCUUUGAGCACUUGUGUACUGAGAAGACCAUGAUAAUCUGGGCCAUGCGAUUCCGACUGAAGAAAGACAACCAGUUCGUGGACAGUUUCAAGCAGCUAUUUGACCUGGAAGUGAUUUCUGAAUUUCCCAGCUUAAGUAUAACCCUUUUUAAGGCGAAGAGAAGAUUUCUGCAUACAAAUGUCUGAUUGUUAGCCAGCUCUCUUAGAGCUGAUGUGUUAGCUUUGCAUGUGCAAGAUGGUAGAGUGCUCAAGCAUUCCAUCAGUUCCUUGCACUUCAAAGCU